UUCCUGGACCAGGGCUCGAACCUGUGUCCCCUGGAUUGUCAGGUGGAUUCUUAACCACUGCACCACCAGGGAAGUCCCUAAAAGUGUUUUUAAAUAUCGAAAGAUUUGGAGUUUAUUCAGCUCUUGCUUGUGGUCAGAGAACACGGUCUGUAUGAAAUUAAUUAUCUGAUUAUCUGUUGAGAUCUGUCUUGGGGCCUGGCCUACUCUAUGUCUCUGCUUGGAAGCUAGCAGACAUCUCAAACUUGACCUCCCCAAAAUUAACCCAUGAUCUUCCCCUAAAAUGUACUCUGUAAUUCUCCCUGGCCCCAUCUGUUGUCUUUGACUCCUUUCUUUCCCACAUUCCCCACAGGUAAUUUUUUAUAAAUGUUUCUUGUGUGCCUGAAAGUAACAUAUUGGGUUCAGGGUUCUACCAGGGUCAAUUGACUAGAAUUAUUAAUGGUAUUAAAAUCUUCUAUAUCCUUUUUUUGGCUGUUUGGUCUAUCAGUUACUGAAAAAGUUUUUAAAUCUACCACUGUGAUGAAGGACUUGGCAAUUUCUCCUUGUAUCGUGUCACUUUUGCUUCAUACACUUCCAGCCUUUUUUUUUUAACCUCUAACAUACAAGUUCAGAAUUGUUCUAUCUUCUUAGAAAAUUGUUCUUUUCAUCACUUUGUGUUGACGCUCUUUAUCACUAAUAAUGUCUCUAGCCUUAAAGCCUAUUUUGUCUGAUUUUGCUAUGGGUAUAUCUUUUGGUUAGUUUUUCUCUAGUAUACACUUUUUUUCCAACUGUUUACUUUUGGUGCCCUUAAGUUUUAAAUGUCCUCUUGUAAACAGCAUAGACCUGCAUUUUCUUUUUCUUGGCCAAUCUGUUCAUCUCUAUUUUAAUAGAUGAAUGUAAAAUAUUUUCUACCUCUGAUUUUGUACCGUUUAUGUACCAUUCUUUUCACUUUGCUUCCUGUUUCUCCUUUUCUACCUUCAAUUAUAUUUUAAUACCCUCUACUAAACUUUUCUCUUUUGUGCAUUGGCAUUUAUACCUUCUAUUCUUUUAGUGAUCUCUCUGAAGUGUUUGAACUUGACUUGACUUUACAAAGCCAGAUAAUUACCAAUUAUCUUUAUUCUCCUCCUCUCAAAUAAAUGAAGCUUCUUAGAACACUUAAACUCUGAUUACUCUCUCCAGUCCUACCUGUUAUUGUGUCCUGUGCUCCUUGCUCUGUACUCCACAAACUAAUCGUCACCAUUCAUGUUCCAUAGCAGGUGCUUGUUUAGAUGGACUUCCGUGUUUACCAGUUUAGUUACUUGAUAUUUUUCUGUCUAAUUUCUUCUCUUUAGAGUUUUGCAAAUUCACUACGAAGUGUCUAGAUGAGAUUUUAUUUUUAUUUAUUCUGUUCCGGAUUUUAAGUGAGGAUCCUGGUCUCUAAUCAAUUGUGGAAGUUCUUCAGGAACUGCCUCUCCCACAUUCUUUUUUCUCCUUCUGGAACGCUGAUUGAACCUAUUCUUCUCACCUUACCAUUCCUGUCACUUCCUCUUUUAUAUGUUCCAUCUGGCUUGUUUUCUGGCUAAUUGCUUCCGCUCUUUCAUCCAGUUCAGUGAUUUUCUCUUCUGCUGUAUCUAAUUGGCUCUCUUGCCUCAUCCUUUGAGACCUGAAUUUCGAUAGCUCUAUUUUUCAAUUCUAGAAAUUCCUUCUAAAACCUUUAUGCUUUUCAGUGUCUUGCUCCAAGCGUCUUCAAGUUUUAAUCCCCGCCCCCACCCCGGCCACUACCUUUUUCUUUCUCUAACCAUGAGCUCCACGAAGGCGAGGACGUUUGGUGUAGUGUUGUCAUCCCCAGUGCCUCCUACCGUUCCUGGAACGGAACAGGCUCCGAGUGAGCGCUGUCAGAUGACUUAGUGACAGUGGGAACAGAAGGAUGCUGUGCCGCAGCCUGGCCCCCGCUCUCCCUGCCGCCAGAGCUGCGAGCCUGCUCCCCCAACGGCCUCGCAGGCUUUCCAGUCUCCCCUCAGCCCGGACCUCAGGGAGAGGACCCCACCCCACCCCGCCCACCUCUGCUCAGGCCGUGACGUCACGGGACUGUGACGCGCCCUGGGAGCCCCCGCCCCUUCGCGGCGCUGGGCCGAGAAUCCAGGCUCUCUGCACCGUGAUGUCACGGGUCCGGGCGGGCGGACUUUGCGUCGGCCCAAUGGGAGCGGCGCGCCGGCCUCCCCUUUAAGGAAUGUUGUGACCUGACGUCAGCCGGGCGAGUUACCUCCCCGAGCCGCCGUCGCCGGGCUCAGCGCGAGCCUCGGAGCCCUUGAGCGCGAGGCGCGGAGCCCCCGGAGCCCCCUAACCGCAGCCACAUCCCCUCGUCGCGCGCCCCAGAGCCCCGGCCUGCGCGCCCCGCCGGGCCGGCGCGAUGCCGUCAGACCGGCCUUUCAAGCAGCGGCGGAGCUUUGCCGAUCGCUGUAAAGAGGUGCAGCAGAUCCGCGAGCAGCACCCCAGCAAAAUCCCGGUAAUCAUCGAGCGCUACAAGGGUGAGAAGCAGCUGCCCGUCCUGGACAAGACCAAGUUCCUGGUCCCGGACCAUGUCAACAUGAGCGAGUUGGUCAAGAUCAUCCGGCGCCGCCUGCAGCUGAACCCCACGCAGGCCUUCUUCCUGCUGGUGAACCAGCACAGCAUGGUGAGCGUGUCCACGCCCAUCGCCGACAUCUAUGAGCAGGAGAAGGACGAUGACGGCUUCCUCUACAUGGUCUACGCCUCCCAGGAAACCUUCGGCUUCUGAGCCAGCAGUAGGGGGGUUGGCUUGGGAGUGGGGGGCCCUGUCAGGCUCUGCCCUGGGAGCUCCUGGCACCUGAACUGAACUGCCUCUGCCCCUGCCCCUGGUGGGCUGGGCGGGGAUGCCACAUCCUAGCCAGGGGGCACCAACCGCACCUACCCUGCCCCUGGGUGGAUCCUGGCCCAGUCAUGUUAGGGUUGCCCCUCUGGGUGCUGGCUGGGAUGGGGGGAGGUUGGGAGCAGCCCCUAGCACCCCUGCUCUGUGUGGUUUGUCUUUUUUUUUAGGCCCCUGCCUGUCUGCCCAUCUGUCCCUCCCUGACCUGAGGUGCUGCCCAUGCCUGGACCUGCCCACCCCUGAAGGACUGGCCCCUGGCUCACCCAGUCUUGACAUGGUGUAUGGAUCUGUGGUCAUUGUUCCUCUGCAGAAUAAAGAUUGCUCAGGCCUGCCUGGC